GGGUGAAAGGCUGAAACGGACCAAACUCAAAGGGUAUACAGACGCAGUGACGCAGGGUAGAGGUGUACAAAUAGAAUAACGAGGAAAAGAGAAGCAGAGGUCUGCAAAUUGUAACCGAUUUAAAAAGCAGAGUCGAGUGCGUGAGUGACACCACCACCACCCAAUGUUGCUCCGAUUCCUGCGCUCAUCUCUCUCUUUUCCUUAGCAUUCAUUGCCCUCCCUACCCGCUAUCUUCCUCUCUGCUCAACCCAAUGGCAAUGGCGCGAUCUCACCCCCUUCUCCUUACCCAGGCCAGCACGAGUUAGGGAAAAGACUCUGGAUUUGUUUCAACCCCCAAAAGUUAUCCGAGGAUUGCGACACCAUGCUUAUGAAUCUCCGCCGCAGAUUGUGAUACAUUUACGUUUUUCUGCGAAAACCGUCGUUUCUGUAUCCUCUGUUUUGCUUUGCCAGAUACAAAUGUCUGAAUUGGUGGCUCGGACUGGUAGGCACCAGCAGCGCUACGAGAAUGGCUAUCGCCUCAUUGCCGGGUGUAUUCCUCAUAGGUUUAGAAACGCAGAAAAAAAUGGAGGUGACAACUCUGAGAAAGUUGUGGAAGUGCUUAUGAUAAACUCAAAUAGUGGAAAUGGUCUUCUGUUUCCUAAGGGUGGGUGGGAAAAUGAUGAAACAGUUGAGCAGGCAGCUAUGCGUGAAGCUGUUGAAGAGGCUGGAGUUCGUGGGGAGAUACAGCAUUUCCUGGGGUACUACGAGUUUAAGAGCAAGACUCUUCAGGAUGAGUUUAGUCCAGAAGGUUUGUGCAAGGCUGCCAUGUACGCUUUGCUGGUAAAGGAAGAGCUGGAAUAUUGGCCAGAGCAGAAAAUCCGGCAAAGAAGUUGGUUGACAAUUCCAGAAGCAGCUGAACGUUGUCGGCAUGCAUGGAUGCGUGAGGCCCUUAUAGAUGGUUUCGUGAAGUGGCAAGAGAGCGGUAUGGCAUGUACAAUGAAUACAAGCCAAGACUAGUAGGCUUUUUUUCUUUUUAAUUUAAAUAGUGGUGUAGUGAAGGCAUCAUCCCUGAUCUUGUUUUGCUGCCUAACUGGAACUCAACACUUUCUGACUGACUUAUGGGACAAAUCUGCCAAUAGUUUUAUGUUUUAGGUUUCAACCCUAUAUUUAUGCUUUUUAUUAAGCUCAUUAUGGGAUCGUUGAGA